UUUCGUCCCAUCUUUCUUCAGAUCACACAAUGCUCAUUUGAUCAUACAAAUCUUAUUUUAGUAAUUUCUGAUUCGAAUCAUUACUACAUGUGAUUGCAUUUUAUCUCCCAAGUUGUCUCAAUUGUUCUGUUGUUUGAAUUCAAUCCAAUUAAAUUAUAAAUGUUGCUUCUGAUUCAUACAAAUUCAAACCAGUCAGUCCUUUAGAGCCGUCAAUCUGAUCUUUACUGACUCAAGACUGACACUGACCGUCCUCCUACUACGCCGUAGUUGAAAAUGAUGUCAUUUUCUGAAUGCCCAUUUAUUAUCUUUAUUUGUUUGUAUAAAUUUUAAUUGCAAUUAUAAGUGCUCUUUCUCAGAUCAUGGCAGAUGUUAAUAAAAUAACUAAUAAAUUUUAAAUUGUGAUAACUUUUAUAUACUACGACCGUAAAAAUGGCGAUUAUACCAAUAAAAUUAAAGGGCGAUAAUCUUGGAAAAAGGCAUAAACAUCUUAAUUGUUUAGUAAACGAGGCUUUUGUGAAUAAUGUUCCCUUUGAAAUUAUUAAAAUCCUUAAAGAAGAAUCACCUGUUGAUAAACUGUUUAAAAUUGAUCUCGCUUCGAAGUACCAAAAUGUAGAUUACAUACUUGAGAUAUUAAAAGACAACGACUUGUUUUAUGUUAGUAGAGCUCUGAAAUCCUAUUGGCUCAUUAAUGAUCCCAGAUAUUCAAAUAUAAUAACUCCUUUAUACUUAGAAAAUGAAGUCUUUCCUGAAAUGUUAACAACAUCUAUUAAUAAAAUGAAACACUGGAUAUUAUUAAAUAUAAAAGACACAAAUAAAUGCAAGGAAUUUUAUGAGUUCUAUAAAAAAAAAGAUGAGAAAUUUGCUAUGAAGUUCCUUCCAAAAUGUUCACCGGAUUUUUUUCUACAAGAAUUAGAAACAAUCCCCACACGAAAAAUAACACCACACUUUUUAAAAUUACUUUGUGAACAUUGUCCUAAAGCUGCAAUAAUUCAUUUAAAAAGAGUAGUUGAAGAGAUGAAAAAUAUAAAAUGCAUACGGGAAUCAAUAAAUACCAAUAAAUAUAUUAAUUGUCUGCAAUUUCUUUUAAAAACAGAUGCAGACACAUAUUUUUAUAUAAUCGAGAAUAUUUAUGAUCGUGAAUUUAAAAGAUUGAAUAAAGUUACUACAAAAUAUAUUAUGGAAAAACACAGAAAUAGAUUUGACUCUAAACCUGAAUUAUACACUGCGUAUCUAUUGAAUACAACAGCGUUAACAAAAUUUUUAAAUAACAACGAAAUAAAAGAACUCGUUAUAAAAUGUGCACGAGCCGAAUAUUUGGGUUAUUCCUGGUUCUCAUACAAGUUUGCUGAACCUUUAUUAAAGUGUAUGGAACCUACUGAGAAAUCUGCUUUCUGUAAGAAAAUAUUCCAUGAAAAGUCUUUUGGGGAGAAAAUUACAGAGCCUCCUUAUUAUAUACCUUCUAUGCCAGAAUUCAUAGAUCCUAUAGAAGAUUUAAAUUCUGAAGUUUCUGAUAGAGAUUAUGAUCAAUAUAUGGACGUGAUGAUGUGUGAGAUGCGUUGCAUGAAAAGAAGCGAUUGUUAUAUGCAGUCCCUAUUGCACAAGUUACCUACAUUACUUGAUAAACUAUUCGAUUUGUAUAGGUUCAGUUAUUUUGAUGAAACCUUUACAGAGUUGACUAAAUGUAUUCCAAAGGAAAGUGUACUUGAAAAUCGCCAACACAUGUUAUUAGUACUGGUUAGCAAGACUGGUGGACGAAAAGAACAUUUAGAAAAGCUACUUAAUUUAUUGGUUACGAAACACAGUAAUGAGCCAGUUUCACUACGUGCCACAAUCGUACGCAGUCUAGCAAAGCGUGCUUGUAUAUGGCGUUUGGUAGAUGAUAACUGGGAUUUAUUGUUAAAGUUUGGACAUGAUCUAGGGCUCGACGGUAGUCCUGCAGCAAUUAUAUGUCGCGAAGGUUUACAUGCUGUUGUACUUCAUCACAUUCUACAGACCGGCAGUUGUCCACUUCCAAUAUUUUCGGCUUUUCUUAAAGAAUUUUCCACUCUUAAUGAGUAUCCGUUAAAAAAGACAGAGAAAGAACUUCUACUCAAAUAUUUCCCUAAAUUAAUGUUGAAUAUCGUUAAAAACGAACCUGAUAAGGCAAUAGAAUGCCUUAAUCAGACUCUUGAUUUUUUUGCCGCCUUUCGAUUUCCCAUAGAAGAGUUUUCGGAGAUAGUAUCGUCUGUAGCUUCUACCUAUAGACGCGAUCCAAUUGGUACACGUCCCCUGUUGAAGCGCUUAUAUGAAGCCAGAGUAGCGCGAAAGAAACUCUUUAAAGAAAAUUUUGAAGUGAAUCAAUCUGAUGAGUCUUAUCUUAAUGCAUUACGACAUGAUAUGCAAAUACUAUUUGGAGAUCAUUUUGAAAAGUUACUUACAGUUAAAACACCGUUAUGUCCUGAACGAUUCCUAAGAAAAUUAACUAUAUAUUUUUAUAAUGAAAAUCAUAUUAUUGACAAUUAUCAGAUAUCUCUUAUGCAUGUAUUUACAAUUAAACCACAUGUAAAGUUAGCACGUAUCGCUGCGUUACUUGGCAAUGCAGGUACUAAACCAAUAUGGCCAAUCACAAUUGAUGUUACUACAAAAAGACAGAAGGAACUGUCAGAUGCAUUAAGUCGCUUAUCUCAUUUGAUAAGACCACAAAUUUCCAUGGAGAACUGGAAAGCUAAGGAACAUAAUAUGGUUACGAUGGUGAAUUGGAUUCAUACGUGCAGCGAAAAAUCGUUACGUAAAAACAUAGACAAACUUAUAUCAGAGCCACGACUGGCGAGAUUAGUGCUUGCAUUACGCACGCCAGGAUGGCCAGGACUUUUUGCUCAAACUAUGUUAGCAGCAAGUAAAAAUCAACCUACAAAAAGCCUUUUUGUCGCGGUCCGCGUCUUAAGACAACAGGGCAAACAUUUCCACAAGCAAGACUUGGAAACUUUCAAGUAUGUAAUAAUGAAAUGUAAUUUGAAAAACAAAAAGCAGGGCUUAUACCGUAAUUUGGCUAAACUAAACGCGAUACCAAAGAGUUAUAAACUAGAUUAUUGUUUAAUUAUAUACGAAGUUCUAGAAACAAAAUUCAGUGCAGAAAAUGGUCCUACUUAUGAUACUGCAGUUGUAUUAUUGAACUGUAUAUAUGAUAACAUUGAUCAAGUAAAUGUAGACUACAUUCAGAAAAUUCUAAGAUAUUUCUUGGAAAAUUACUAUACAGUUGAUGAAUUGGAAAUCGAUAAUGACGAAUAUAUAUCGUACGCAUCGAUUUUCGGACAAAUUAUCGCUAGAUUUCUUUUGUUAAAUGAAACAGAGGAGCAGCAAAGAAAUAGUUUUAAAGAUAUCGGUGUUCCAUUCUUGGAAAAGACUUUAGAAACUUUAAAAAUUCCAAAUAAAGGAACAAAAGCAAUAUCUAUUGUAAACUCUUUUAUAAAAAGUUUAAAAUACACAAAAUUGUUUUUAAAUCCAAAGUGUUGUUUAUCUGUAUUAAAUUUGAUUGAAGAAUACUUUAAAGAGUCCAUACCUAUAGAGAAGAGUUUUAAUAUUAUCUGUCAAUUACGUUUCACCAUUUUAUAUGGAGAAACAUUGCAAAAAUAUCUCAAUCAAGAACCUGUACAUUUCCAGGGCCAAACAUUCAAAAAUAUCGAGUCUGUUAAGUAUACUGCAUUUUCGUUUGGUAAAGUUAUUGCUAAAGAUAUUGAAGACUUAGUUGUUCAGUAUUUUCAAUCGGUUAGAAAUAUGUACAGUAUAAAUUUGAUAGAUUACUUAAGAGAACAAAUACUAUGGUGUAUUCCCAAAAAUGCCUUCAUUCCGUCGUUUAUAGAAGGUUUGAUAGAUGAUGUAACGAAAACGAAUGCAGCCAUAAUUGGAGUUUAUAUAUAUCAUAACGUUCUCCAUUUGGACAACAAAGAUACAGAAAAAUUAAAAGAACAAAUUAUAAACAUUGGAAACAUAUAUAACGAAAUAAAAUAUUUCUAUAAUUUUAACUCCAAAGUCAUCCGGUGUUAUUGAAGCUUUUUGGAAAACUUUAAUUGUAUUAUUAUAAUAUAUAUAUAUAUAUAUAUAUAUAUAUAUAUAUAUAUAUAUAUAUAUAUAUGGUACGAGGUCUGUCCGGAAAGUUCGUAUAAAAGUGUUCUGGAAUGCGAGAAAGAGGAGUGGGGAGGCCAGGUAAGCGCAGGACCCCUUCCUUAUGUCCCUAACAAUGCUUCAGUUCUGGUCUGACCACCGUGCGGUGCGAACUGGCUUGUCACGCCAUCUGUGAAGUUACCUCUUAACGAAACCCCGUCGGCAUGGAGCCCGCUUCCGUUGAAGAGCAGCGCGUCGUAAUCAAGUUUCUCUCGAAACUCGGCAAGAAUGGCCGUGAAAUUUUUGCCAAUCUAAUUCGAUAAGACAUCCGGGGAACCACGAACAAAAAAAUCAAGAAAAUCCCGCUCAAAUGUCAAGACAAUGUUGAUUGUUUUUUUCGAUGUUCGGGGGAUUGUCCAUCAAGAAUUCGUCCCUCCAGGCCAGACAGUUGAUGGAAAAUUCUACGUCGAUGUGCUCAGAUGCCUCAAAGCUCGUGUGGCACGAGUUCGUCCAGAAUUGGCGCGAGAGGGGCGUUGGAUUCUUCACCACGACAAUGCCCCUGCCCACACCUCUCUUGUUGUCCGUGAGUUUUUGAGUAAAAAUUCCAUUACGGUGACCGAACACCCCCCUAUUCGCCGGAUUUGGCCCCGUGUGACUUCUUCUUGUUCCCAAAAACCAAAUUGGUACUUCGGGGGCGGCAUUUGGGGGACAUAAAUGAGAUAAAAAAAGCUACGACGGGGCAGCUGAGAAACCUACAACCAGAGGACUUUCAAGGAGCCUUCUCACAGUGGAAACGGCGUUGGCACAAGUGCAUUAUGUCACAGGGGGAGUACUUUGAAGGGGAUAAAAUUGAUUUACCUGAAUAAUUGUAAAAUAAAAUUUUUAAAAAACUUUUAUACGUACUUUCCGGACAAACCUCGUAUAUGAAGUUCAUUACAGAGGAUUUACUUAUUGUACUCUUAUUACGUAAGAUGUCUGAUAGUUAUUUAUUUACUUGUUAACCAUUUAGCAUUUACUCUAUUGCUAAAGAGAGACAGAUUUUAACUCGCGACCUUCCGAGUUAUAUUUAAAUAUCGCUGUUUAGUAUUUCUAAAGUAUUAAUAUUAGUAGCUAUACAUUAUAAUCCUUGCACUGCAGUUAUUUGUUUGGUUAAAAGUUCACAAAGUGUCUAUAUUACUGUACUUUUAACAAGAUAACUAUUUUAGCUUUUUUAAUUUUUUUAUAUCAUUUAUUUUAUUCUACCUAACGUUAAGUGAAAGAUGUUACUAUAGUAGUGACAUAGUAACGAAAGAAUUGUAACCAUAUUAGAUAUGUAAGUUGAAUCAUUUUUUUUCCCUUUGAACAUUGUUGCCGUCCCGAAAAACUUCUUAAUAAGUAAUAAGUUUUGUAUGAUUGUGAAGAGGGCGUUUAUUUAUCUUGCUUAGCUAAGGAAUUAAUAUAUGUUUUAAUAUUAA